AAAUCUAGAUCUAUUGUCAUUUUGCGAAGGUUAAAACUAAAACAGAAUAGGGUUACCAGAGAGUGAGAAAGAGAGAGAGGGAGAGAAGAAAAGAGUCGAGAGUGACCCGUAAAAUUUCAUUGUAACAGUUGCACUAAUACGUUAAAAUGAGGCCCAUUUAUUACAAAAAAAAAGCAAAGAAAUGGGUGUUCCGGCCAAAUAUUAUAAAGCCUGGAACCUAAAUCAACGGGCGUAACCGUUGUGUACUUGUAGUGACCUAAUAAAACACUACAGGAAGACAUGUCUUGAAGCUAGGCUUUAUUGAACAAGAAUGACAAAACAGUUCACAUAACACAGUACACACACACACACAAGCUGACUUGGACACCAUGACAUUUUGACACACUAGAACAGAUCAGUUCACAACACACAACAGGAAACAUAAAUACACAACAGUACUGCUAGUAUUUUAUACUUUUGUUUUCACAAGCACAACGAUUCAAAAACAUGUAUUACAGUAGUUUUGCUUUUGACCCCAAAACUUUGCGGAAGAGGUUAAGUCGCCAUGUUUUUACAUUCUAAGCUUGUAACUUAUGAGAAUGGAAAUAUUUUUCAAAUUUGUCUUUGGACUGUUAAUUGUUUUAGUUUCAAGUCAGCAACCUAUUGUGAAUCAACUAGAAUAUCCUCCUGGCGAUACUUUCAAUAUAACUUGCGAUGUAUCAAGGUUUGCUGAUUUGAGAUCUGCAGGAGAAUUAUUAUCAAUUUCUUUGUUGAGACAAUUGUCAACCCAAACUAGUUUUGAAAACAUUGCAUCUUAUGAGCCUAAAGCUGAAAAAAAGAUGACAACUAAUAUUCCGAUUCAAUGGCAAGUUUUUUACGCUGGUGGUGAAGGCAUUAACAACAGAAACACAAUAAGGCUUGUUGUGACAGUGGUCGACUUUCAGUGCGCAGAUGCAGGACUUUAUCAAUGCCAAAUUUUUAUUCCAGCUCCUUCUCAUCAGGCUAACACAACUCCUGUUAAUAUAACUGCCAAAAUUGGAAUAACUCAAAAAGAUAUCUAUAUGACUCCACACAAAAAAAUAAUCGGAGAAGAUAUACAUUCGUCAGUAAAUACUGUUGGAGUGGAAAUUACUCUGACUUGCUCUUUUACUGGUCCUGCAAAUUUGCAAGCACUUUGGAGACGCAAAAAGGCAGGCCAUGAAGAGAACUAUCCAUAUGCAAAUAAUAUCAAAAACUCCAAACCAGUUUUCUCUGUUAUUUCUGGCUGCAACACUUAUGAUUAUACAUCUGAGUUGAAAUGUACACUUGAAGAAAAGGACAAUGGAACCUUGUAUAUAUGUGUUGUUAUGGAAGACAAUAUUGAACGGAGCAGAAAAAUGUUUACAAAUAUUUGCAGUGAGCAGAGCACUAAUAAUAUUUCCCCAAGUAAACCAGGAUCCCGACCAGAUAGUGCUGGUUCUAAUGUUGGCACCAGAGUGUUUGGUUUAUUAGUCGUACUGGUCAUUAUUGUUGUUCUUAUCUACUUUUUCGUCAUUCAAAAGAACAAACAAAUCGAAAGUCCUGAAGCUUAUCUGUGUCCAGUGCUUCCGUCAGGAGACUGGUGUGGCUGGUGCUGAUGCUAUCUGCUGGCGGGGCUUGUCCAGGCAGUGUGCAGUCCAAAUGUGUGUAGGGGCAGGGAUCUGCUGCGGCUACUGUCAGCGAGCCAGUGACGGGUCUUUGGCGAGCGUUGUUGUUUGCACGCUGGUGAUAUAUUAGUAGGGCUGAGGUAUUUACAGAGCUGGUAUCAGCAAAUCUGGUAUCAGCAGUGAGUGGGUAAGUCACCAAGUGCAGAUUAUCUAUAGAUAAAAGCAGCAAUUCAAUGUGAAAGAAAAGGGAAUGAAAAUGUGUAGAAUUCAAAAGAAGAGAACGUUCCGCUCCAAAACAGGUUUCGAGCGAGAAUGACUCAGACAGCGAAGUUUGUCCAGAUAAGAUAAAGAAGGUGUGUGUGUGGGGGGGGGCAGGAGUGGUGGGCGAUAAGCCAACAAUUUGAUGUAGACAAUCUGGUAUCAUCGAGAAAAGGAAGUCUCUGUUUAAUCGAGAUACACUUUUCCCGGGAUAGAUAAUGCGUGAAGGCGCAAACUCGGAGACCAGGAAACUGGUCCGCUCGCGUCCAUUUGUCUUUUACUGCCUGCCCAGGUGGCUAGAAAGGUGAAGGGAGAGAUGAUUAGGGCUUGGCCAGAGAAAGGGAGAUUACGUCUUGACACUGGUCAGUGCUAGUCGAUCAGGGAAACCUUUGCCUGAGGCGUUGAGUUGAGUUGAGUUGGCCCUUUAGAGUAACCAGCCGCUCCCGAGGAGGGGGUCAGCAGGGAAGAGCGUUACCUGGAGUUGGGAAGGGAAGGGGGGGGCAGGUUCAGUCCACCGUACGUCCACGUUGGUCUAGUGAUUAGGAGCAGGGGUAAAAGGGGAGGGUACUCUUGUCACAAGUCGAGCGUGGCAUGUAUCGAGAGAGGGAAGAUGAAUGCGACAUCAUUUCUUGGGUGGGUGGAUAGGAGGGGUGGUGGUAGUGUUUUUAGCACUUGAUAGGCUGAGUUAGGAAAAUUGAUGAUUAAAAUGUGAAAAUAAAAUAUUUAACUGCUAGUACCUGAGUGAUAACUUGAGUGAGCUAAAACGUUGCUUUACAAUGUGCAUAACUAAAUUCGUUUUAGGUCAGCUUCUUUUUAUUUUUUUUACAGAUAAAAAUGAAUUACCCCUUUCAGACUUUGCUAUCUAUAUGGCACUUAAUUUUACAUAGACCAUUUUAAACUUUUAAUCCAGUACUUAUGUUUCAGUAUAGUUUCUAUUAUCAGUGUUUUUUUCACAUGUAAAAUGUGCUUUUGUGAUUGUUUAUCAGCCUUAAAGGCCCAAGAUUGUUCCUUAUGGAGCACAAGAAUUUAAAAUAUUAUAAUUAUCAUAUUUGUUAAAGAACUACUUUUCUCCAAAGGAACUGUAGGUGUUGGUACAUUUCGGUUUUGUCAAGUUUCAGCACUGCAAGCUUCUUAAAGUUGACCAGCUUAAGAUUUUUCUCAUUAUUGACUCCAGAAGCCUUUCUUUUCUCAAGUUGAGGUUUAGAUGCAUAGUAGCAGAAGUUUGGAUUCAUUUUUUUUUUCUUCUCUUUGGUGGGUGACCAGGCUCAUGCAUAAAGCUUAAUAGUUUAGGUGCCAGUUGCUUACAUUUUGCCUUUUCUUCUGUCAGUGAUAGCUGUUCUGCGGUAACCUAUAGCUGAGCCACUCAUAAAGGCCAGGAGAUGGCUUAAUCAUUUCAGGUGCUAUUUGAGACUUAUACCAUUGAAGCAGUGCUUCUAUCCAUUGCUACGAUACUUCUGCUAUCCAUCUGUUUAAUCCUUCUUAAUACUCUGCAUUUUUCUUACAAGUACUAAGUUGUGUUAAGUCUUUAGGUCAAAAUAUAUUAAGGAAAAUUCAUAAUUUUACAUGAAUCUCUCAGCGACUAACCUAUAUUAUAUGUUUUCCUCGUAUGAUGCAAAGGACUAAUAUCUUAAGUGAUUUGAUUUUUUUUUAUUUUGUUGUCUAAAAAUUUCUUUAAAAUAAGUAUUUUAAACUCUUUCUCUCCAUAUCUGUUUUAUUAAAAUGGAAUUAUCUUUUUUUAAAUUUAUAUUUCCCUACCCUGAUAUGACUAAACUGCAAUAAUUUUUUUGUUUAUAAUAUACACAUUUUUAUUUGGUUUAGAAUUAAAUAAGAAUGAUAUAUCUUUUAAUAAAAGGAAAAAUGUUUAUAAAAUCGAAAUUUAAUAUAUAUUUUAAUUUUUGAAUUUAAAAGUGAAAACUUACCGACUGUGGACAAGUUUACAGAUUGAAAUGAAAGUAUUUUUAUUUGACAGUUAUUCAUUUUAUUCAUAAAAUUUAAUAAUUAACAUAUUUGAAACAUAUAAAAUAAAAUUAUUGUCUAGAGCUCAUUUUGUCACAUUCGAAAAAUAUAGUUUUUUUUUAGCCCCAUUCUUUAAAAAACAAUUGAAAACGAAUUGUCAAAGCUCCGAAUUUUUUUAACAAAGGAAAACUUAUCAAUCUUAUAAUUUAGCUAUUAAUAAUAUUUUGGAGGAAAGAAAAGGAAAGAACAACUGAAUUUCUAAGCAUCGACGGUAAUAUACUCGAUUUGAGUGAUAGAAUGGGGUCAAAUUAAUGAUGGUUUCGUCAAUUAGAAGAGAAAGAAAUAAUGUUUUUAAAGAUAUGUUCCUCUGCUUUUGCAAAAGAACCAUUGCAAUAUAAAAACGCACUAAAAAGUAAUUUUAAUUUAUUCUAAGUUCUUUUUUUAAAAAUCGAAACAAUUUAGAAUUAAUUGAUCAAAUGUCUAGCAUUGGUUAUUAUUGACAAGUAUUCUUAACAUUCGAUGGCUUAUCUGUUUAUAUUAAAACUUUGAUUUAUUUUUCUUUAGGACAAUAAUAUGAAGGCCAUAUUUUAUUUGUUUCUUACAAUCUCUAACUUUUUUAAAAUACUGUCUUAUGUUGCUCUGGAGAUCUUUGGGCUAAAUAUAUCUUUAGUCAUUUUUGUAUUUUUAGCGGCCCCCGUAAGGGGAAAAAGCAGCUAUUAGGUUUGUGCAAAAUGUCCGUCUGUCCGUCUGUCCGUCUGUCCGUCUGUCACACUCAGAUCUCGAAAACUAGAAGAGAUAUGAAAAAUAUUAUUUCAUCAUUAAAUCCGGCUUGAAAAGUUUAGGUGCAACGGCUACUUUUGGUUUUCUAAAAGCAAACCGUUUAAUUUAUAAAAUUAAUUAUGCAAGCGAUUUUUUCAUAAAAAUACACCAAUUCUAAAACAAUUACGUAAAUGUAAGGGAGGCAAUGUUACAAUAUGCUAACAAAGAUGGACAAUUUUUGUGUAUUUUCAGUAUCACUAAGUCAAAUAUAUUUUUAAAAUGUACAGGAAAUGUUUACAACAAAUACAAAUAAUAGUUAAAGACGUUUUUUCUGGUCAACUAGCUGCUAAAAUUAAAAGAAAACAUUUCUGUUUGUUUAUAAAGGCUAAUAAUGCACUUUGUAUGUAAAUAUCACGCACAUUUUUUUAAAUGGACUUUUUAUGCAGCGAUUUUCGUGCAGUAGCGUAACGUCGCAACAUGAUCAGGUGCUAAACCAAUUCCUUAAACUUUUUAAAAAAAAACGGUUUUUAUUUAUUUUUUGUUUAGUGCCCCCAUCCGAAUAAAAGAAGCUUAUUUUUGUGCGUUUUGUCUGUUGGUCGGUCUGUCCGUCACGAUUAGAUUUAAAAAACUAGAACUCUAAAAGCUAUUGAAAAUCUGAUUUACCCUUUAAUGUUCCUGCCAUAACAUCUCAAUAGUUUUAAGUAUCUAAAAUUGAUUGUUCCGGAUUUUUUUGUGCAAAACUAAUCAACGCCAACAAAUGUUUGUUUGCUCUUCUAACUUAUAUUACAUUCAAUUUCCAUGCUUAAACGUUGCAAAAACACAUUAUCAAUAAUAUGUUGUUCCGUUUUUUAUGUAAAUAGCAUAUUAAUGCUAAAUCAUAAUCUCUAUACUGACUUAUAUUUCAUUAAUUGUAAAAAUGUUCCGGAUAUUGUUUUAUAAAACAUGAAUUAUGCCUAAUGAUUGUUUGAAAUCGCAUAAGGCUUUUAAAAAAAGUAAUUUACUAGCAUUGAUUACUGAAAAUUACUUUUUAGACAUUUAAUUUUCUUGUAAAACAUAACAUAGAAGUUUUGUAAUCGAUAAAGAAAGUUCCGGAUUUUGUUUCUUACAAAUCGUCGCCAGAAAAUUCCGAAUUUAUUUAAAAAUCUACUAACGCCAAAUAAUCGUUUGAACUCCCUCUUCUAAUUAAUAAACAAAUAAUCUUCUCAUUUACGAAAUAAUGUUUUUACGGAUUUUUAUGAAAAAUAUUUUAACUCACUACUCUCUUACAGUACAUUUAACUUUCUACCUAAAACAUUAAAAAAUCUAAUUAUCGUUAAUAUUAUGUUCCGAUUUUUAAGGAAAACAGAAUCCAAACACCAAAGUAAGGUAUGAAAAUCUCUCCACGUGGCUGUAGUACAUCUAAUUUUUAUACGAGACCAUCCAAAAAAUUUAAUUAACGGUAUUACAUUUAUCUGAAAUUCUCUUUUUCUUUUACUAUUUAUACAAACAUCCGGAACAAUCUAUUAUAUAAACUUUUCAAUUGUGUUCAUACCUAAAAAUUAUUGCGAUGUUUUGAAACGUAAAAUAAAGGUUAAUCAAUUUUUAAUAUUUUUUAGUUGUUUUUUUUUAUAUCAAGAUAACGGACAGACCGACUGACAGACAAAACGCAAAAACAAUGUGGCUUUGAUCCUUUUUAAAUAAUAUCUAUUAGAACUCAGUGCACCAAUGUCUAUGAACCCUCGUUAAAUAUCUCGUGUAAAUAAAGACAUUUUUUUAUGGUACCGGUACUAGCCUAUUGUGAGGUAAUGGAAUUUUUUUUCUUUGACGUCAUAUGAAAGGACUCUUUAAAUGUAAUGUUAAAAGAACGCACUCGGUGCACCAAUGUCUAUUAACCCUCGAAAAAAUUGCUUGUAUUAAUGAAAACAUAUUUUAGUCUAACUAAGCCGUGUGACGUAGUGUUUUUUUUCCUUUGACGUCACAUGGAAUGAAUUCUUUAAAUGAAAUGCUAAAAUAACGCACUCGGUGCACCAAUGUCUAUGAACACUCGAGAAAUGGCUCGUGUUGAUAAAGGUGAUUUUUAGUCUAGCUAGGCCUUGUGACGUAGUGUUUUUUUUUCCUUUGACGUCAUAUGGAAUGAAUUCUUUAAAUGAAAUGCUAAAAGAACGCACUCGGUGCACCAAUGUCUAUGAACACUCGAUAAAAGGCUCGUAAUGAUGAAGGCGAUUUUUAUUCUAGCUAGGCCGUGUGACGUAGUGUUUUUUUUCCUUUGACGUCAUAUGGAAUGAAUUCUUUAAAUGAAAUGCUUAAAGAACGCACUCGGUGCACCAAAGUCUAUGAACACUCGAUAAAUGGCUCUUAUAGAUGAAGGCGAUUUUUAUUCUUGCUAGGCCGUGUGACGUAGUGUUUUUUUUCCUCUGACGUUAUAUGGAAUUAAUUCUUCAAAUGAAAUGAAAAAAGAACUCGGUAUAGUAAUGUUUAUUAAGCCUCGUUAUGUGACUCGCGUUUAAAAAAGGAAUGAUAUCUUGAUUUAGAUCUAAUCUAGAUUUUUUAAACUAGAUCUAGAUUUUUAUUACAGUAUAUCUAGAUCUGGAUUUAUAUUCUAAUUAAAAUUAUUUUAGAGUCUAGAUCUAGAAUUUCUAGAUCUAGUUUAGACUAAAAUAGACUAGAUUAAGGUGUAGAAUUUCAAUUUCUAAACUUAAAGUGUAAAAAAAAAGUGUAGAUUUUCAUUUCCAAACGUUUUGAUCAAUAUUGUAAUGUUUUAAUAUACUAAAACUAAUCUACUAUUUUUUUAUUAAAUUUAAAUUUAAAUUUACGGCAAAUGAAUCUUUGAAACAUUAUUACUUUUGACCAUCGGAUGGCUGCCUGGUCGUGCGGUUUGCGCGCUGGACUGUCGUUCAGAUUUAUGGAUGGCCCAGGGUUCAAACCCUGCCCGCUCCCAUCCCCCGUCGUCCUGCUGGAGGUUUGGACUAGGAAGUAAUUAUCUUCAACUCUGAAGGAACAUCCGAAACGUGUAAAACAUUUUACAUCAAAAUUAAAUCACCUCUUGAAUAUUAUUUGCGAAUAUGCAGAUCCGACAGGGAUCCGACUUCGACGGGGGCCGCCUCUGAGUUUGUGUAACACAAACUCUCUUUGUAAUCUUGUAUAUAAUGAAUUAAUUAGUAGAUAUAGCCUCAAAUGAUUUCCAGGCAGUAUGUUUUACCCUGAUGUUCUGCAUCCUCGGGUACUCCAAACGUGACAUAUUUUUCUAGCCUUGUCUCUGAGGGAUUCAACCUGUAUUGAAUCAUCAGAUAGGCUUUACCGAACGGAUGUCUAUAGGUGGGAGUCUAUGAAGCUUGUCGGCUCAUAGAUUUCCCUGAAGUGCAUCAUGACCCUUUUGUUUAUUUUUUUUUUUGGCUAAAAGUGGCUGUGUCAGCCUGAAGCCUGUAACCCCAGAGUGGCCAAAAUGGUCAUGUUUUGACCUGAGGCCUAUGACCUUCAUUUUGCUACACUGAUGUGUGAUUUCCAGAAAGUGACGAUAGUGUAUAUAUGACUAGGGCAGUGUGCCAUACUAUUUUUGAGUGUUCCUUUUGUUUAUUUUGUGUUGAGAAGGCUUGUGAGUUGAUGGCCAUUUAUUUACACAUUUAUUUUACUCAUGUAAAUAAACUUUGUAUAUAUGUUUUA